AUGUUGCUCUUCUUGUCCCUCGUUUCACUUCUUUUCUACCAGGCCUUUGCCAAAUUUAUCCCCAGAGCCGAAUUGAUUCGGACUGACAACGGUGUUCUGCCGAGGCAAGCAUCAUCGACGACUGGCAGUCCGUCAACUACGACCCUGACGCCAGAUUCCCAGUGCACCAAUGGGCCAUUUACGCGCCAAUGCUGGGGCAAUGGCUUUAGCAUCGCCACCAACUACGAUAGCACCUGGCCCAACACGGGCAAGGUGGUGGAGUAUUUUCUCGAAGUGCAAAACACCACCAUGGCCCCGGACGGAUUCUCCAGACCGGUGUACGCCAUCAAUGGUCGAUUCCCAGGUCCCACCAUCGUCGCCAACUGGGGUGAUACGUUGAAGAUCACGGUGAAGAACAGCCUAACCACCAACGGGACGAGCAUGCAUUGGCACGGUCUGCGUCAAUGGAAGACGAACCACAUGGACGGGACCAACGGUGUGACCGAAUGUCCGCUUGCCCCUGGCCAGUCGCGCACAUACACUUUUCUGUGCACGCAGUUUGGUACGACGUGGUACCACAGCCACUUCUCGGACCAAUACACGGACGGCGUCGUGGGGACGAUGAUCAUCAACGGACCCGCAACGGCCAACUACGAUAUAGAUCUGGGUGCCUUCCCGAUCACCGAUUGGUACUACCGCAGUGCGUUCGAGCUGGGGUAUCUGAUCAAGUAUGGCGGGUUCCCGCGCGGCCCCCCGCCGGGCAACAACGUCCUCAUCAACGGCACCAACGUGAGCCUCAACGGGACGGCCGGUCGCUACAGCCGGACGACGUUGACGAAAGGCAAGAAAUACCGCCUGCGCCUGAUCAACACGUCGACCAACGACAACUUCAAGGUCGGCCUGGACGGGCACAACUUCACCGUCAUCACGGCCGACUUUGUGCCCAUCAAGCCCUUCAGCACGCAGUGGCUGUUCAUCGGCAUCGGCGAACGGUACGACGUCGUCGUGGAGGCCAACCAGCCCGUCGGCAACUACUGGUUCCACGCUGUGCCCCAGGCCGGCUGCAGCAGCAACCUCAACACCAACGCGCUGGCCAUCUUCUCGUACGCGGGCGCCGACUCGACGGCCUUGCCCUCGAACGCGACCCGGGCCAACGCGCCCCCAGCGCCGGACUGCAACAACCCCAACAGCCAGCUGAUCCCGUACGUCAAGCUGGACGUGCCCAGCAACUUCACGAUCCCGCAGUCGUCGCGGCUGGACGUGGGGUUCGCGAUCGUGCAGAACCAGGCCCAGCAGACGCUGUUCCAGUGGAACCUGAACUUCACGGCGAUCCAGGUGCCCUGGAGCGACCCGACGCUCGAGUACGUGCUGUCGGACAACACCAGCUACGCGGCCAACAUGAACCUGAUCUCGCUGCCCGAGGCCAACGCGUGGUCGUACUGGGUGAUCCAGGCGGUGCCGACCAUCGCGCCGCCCAUCCCGCACCCGAUCCACCUGCACGGCCACGACUUCUACGUCCUGGGCGCCGGCCAGGGCAUCUUCAACAACUCGCAGACCCUCAACUACAAGAACCCGCCCCGCCGCGACUCGGCCAUGCUCCCGGCCUCGGGCUACCUGGUCAUCGCCUUCAUCACCGACAACCCGGGCGCCUGGCUCAUGCACUGCCACAUCGCCUGGCACGUCGGCUUGGGACUCGGCGCCCAGUUCUUGGAGGAGCCCGACCAGAUCAAAAACCUGGGCAUCGGCCCGGACUGGUACAAGCAGUGUAGCGACUGGAAUACGUACAGCCAGACCGCCGUGUUUCAGCAGGAAGAUUCGGGUUUGUAA